AUGGUUGUGAAAAGAGAGGCCCCUUUCCUCCUCUGCUCCUUCCUUCUGAUAGUUAUUUCUGUGGUUCCCCUAGUUAAUGGGUGGGGAAGAAAUGGGCACUUCAUUAUCUGCAGAAUAGCUCAGGCAAGGCUUAACCAGAAGGCAGCGUCUGCAGUGAAGGAUUUGCUGCCGGACUAUGCCGACAAUAACUUGGCGAGUUUGUGCUCGUGGGCGGACGAAAUCAAAUCCCGGCUUCGUUGGUCCUCUCCCCUUCAUUACGUUGAUACACCCGACUUCCAGUGUUCUUAUGCCUAUGACAGGGAUUGCAAGAAUGCAGCGGGAGAAAAGGGCGUGUGUGUUGCAGGUGCAAUCAGGAAUUAUACAGCUCAGCUCCGAAGUUACUCUGCUUCAUCCUUUGAAGCACAAUACAACUUGACUGAAGCGCUCCUCUUCCUUUCACACUUUGUGGGUGACAUUCACCAGCCACUGCACGUUGGUUUUACCACAGACAAGGGAGGCAACACCAUUGAUGUAAACUGGUACACAUGGAAAACGGUUCUUCAUCAUGUAUGGGAUGAUAAUAUCAUCGACACGGCAAUAGAAAGAUUUUAUCAAUCAGAUGUAGAGAGCCUGGUCAAUGCAAUAGCACGAAAUAUUACAGAGGGCUGGACUAGCCAGAUUAACACAUGGGAGAGAUGCAACUAUAAUACAACUUCAUGUCCGGAUGGCUAUGCAUCUGAAAGUAUCACUGCGGCUUGUAACUGGGCAUACAAAGGUGUGGAUGAAGGUUCAACAUUAGAUGAUGAUUAUUUUCUGUCACGUCUGCCUCCUAUCUACUUGCGGCUUGCAGAGGCUGGAGUUCGAUUAGCUGCUACUCUCAAUCGUGCUUUGGGAUAAGAUUUCAUUAUUGGAAAUUGCUAUUUAUAUUUCUG